AUGAACAUCGAGGUGGGGAACAUUUCUUAUACAGGAGCCAUCAUCUCCUGGUCGUCCUCGGAGCCCUGCCUGGAGGACUAUUACCAUAUUAUGUAUAGGCCCAACUGGAACAGCAUCUUCUCUGGCUAUCUUCGCUACAGCUUCCACCACGAGGAGAAGGUGCCUCGAACGAUCAGCUCCGUGGUGCUGGAACAUCUCGCCCCUUCCACUCUCUACUUCCUGUGCAUCAGCUGUAAGAAGGCUGCCUUCCCUUACAGGCACUACUGCACCAUGUUCCACACCCUGGAUAAGAGUCCGCUGGCUCCUGGAAGCUCCCUGGUAGACCCCCAAAUCUCCCUUUGGGUGCUGAUGGCCAUUCUGCUGGCCUGCUUCACAGCUGUCUUGGCUUUCAUCUGCCUCCAGUUCUGGUGUGUCCGUUGCCAUGAGCCGCGAUGGUCUUACAGGGCUGGCCACAUGGAGGAGGCCAAUGGGUUGGUGAGAUGGCCAGAGGAGGCCCCGGAUCUUGGUCAGAGGGAGGAAGACCUGCAGGGGCUCCCCCUGGUGGAAGUGCCACGCAAGAACUCCAGAGAUGAAGCUGAACUGAAUCCUGAAGCCAACCAGGAUGCCCCUGAUGCGGAUGCCUUACAGAGGGGGGGUGGUGACCAAGCCGCCAUACUGCCUCAUUGUGGGGAAUGAGAGUGGGGAGGAGACAGCCCGUAUCAUGUAGCCUAAAGCUUUCCACACAGUAGGUCUUUUGUACAAACAUGUCUAUAGGCAACCCAUUUCUCUCCCAUCAAAUGUCAUUGCUAUUUUGGGUCACCUGGGUUGGAUGAAUGCCCCAUGACAAA